AUGAGUUCCGUUCAGUUAGCACUUUUUUGUUGUGCUAAUUCGUCUUUAAAAACGGAUGAUCUGAUCAAUUUCUAUCCUUUUGCAUACAACGGUCUAUGUGCAGGAGUCAGUUUAAUUAGUAUGUUCGGCGCUCUCUACACCAUUUUCCUUGGAUAUCGACAUCAAAGCAAUCAAUCAAGAUCGCCUGAAAACCAUGGAGAGAUUGAUCAACAUUCCACGACACCAUAUAACAGUGAUAUUUGGGAGAGGAGUGCAGCAUCUUCCAAUCAGUCUGCUACCAACAACGAAUCAUAUUUAAAUCAUCGUAAAAUAAUUUACUGGUUAACAAUUGCCGAUUUCUUAGCUGUAUCUGCUGUGCUGAUUAAAUCUGUCCUAUGGAUGGUACUGUUUAGAGGUUAUAUUUUGGAAAUUCCUACACAAGACGGCUCCAGUGUAGGCAAUUUACUCUGUGCUAUACUAGCUACCGUAAUACGCUUCUUCUACACUGCUACUUUCUUUUGGACAUUAUGCUACGCUGUGGAAGUCUACCGAAAAAUCGUACGUAAAGAUGAAAGGAAUUACCUGUAUUAUUACCAAAUCUUUACAUGGGGCCUUUCAACUGCCUUAGUCAGCGCUAGUGCGAUAACACUUUAUAAUCCUGGGUUAAAACGCUGGGUACCCAAUAUCAUUGAAUGUUUCUUUGUAUAUACCGAUGCUCAAGAUUUCAAGCUUGUAUUAUGGAUGGUUAUGGGUUUAGUAAAUCCAUUGCAAGCGUUGCUGAAUGCCUUUGUUUACCGAACUGAUACUCACCUAGUACCCGUAAGGAGAUAUAGAAGAGUUCCAUUCAGUGAUGGAGAAGAAAAUUCAAUAAUUUCUUAA